CCAUGCUAACAACAACAACAACAACCUAACAUCUCAGCCUGUAGCUUCUUGUUGCUUUGUCAGUUAAUUCAGCUGAAGUUUUAUAUUUCCAAAUUGAAAUAUUCAUCUCAACGUGACAUUUAGCUUUUCAACAAGCCUGAGAUCAAGCGACAGUUUCUCUAGUUUCCCUCCGAGUUCACUGCGCAUCAGCUGCAGUUAUCUCGUCGUGCUCAAGCUAGGCCUCAAGAGACAAAACGCUCCUUAUUAAAUAUUUAAGAUAAAUAAAAGCUCCGGCUGUUGGACAGUCACUGCGGAGAGGAGCUGGUCCGUGUGUCCGCAGGAUGAGAGGCUCGAACGGGGACAGAGACCGAGACCGCGGCCGGGACAGGGGCAGCCCUCGUUUCGGGUCCAGCAGAGGUGGUCCAACGCCGGGGAAGAAGUUUGGGAACCCCGGGGAGCGUCUACGAAAGAAGAAGUGGGACCUGGAGGAGCUUCCCAAAUUUGAGAAGAACUUCUACAAUGAGCACCCUGAAGUGCAGCGAAUGACCCAGUAUGAUCUUGAGGAGUAUCGCAGGAAGAAAGAAAUCACCAUUCGAGGUUCAGGCUGCCCGAGGCCGGUCUCCACCUUCCACCAGGCACACUUCCCCCAGUACGUAAUGGAUGUGCUGAUGCAGCAGAACUUCAAGGAACCCACAGCCAUUCAGGCACAAGGUUUCCCACUGGCCCUUAGUGGGAGAGACAUGGUGGGCAUUGCUCAGACUGGCUCUGGGAAGACCUUAUCGUAUCUUCUGCCUGCAAUUGUUCACAUCAACCAUCAGCCCUACUUGGAGCGAGGAGAUGGGCCCAUUUGUUUGGUUCUGGCCCCCACAAGAGAACUGGCACAGCAGGUCCAGCAGGUGGCACAUGACUAUGGAAAGUCCUCCCGCAUCAAAACCACUUGUGUGUAUGGGGGUGCUCCUAAGGGACCGCAAAUCCGAGACCUGGAGAGAGGUGUUGAGAUCUGCAUCGCUACUCCAGGUCGUUUGAUCGACUUCCUUGAGGCUGGAAAGACCAAUCUGAGGCGCUGCACGUAUCUAGCUCUGGAUGAAGCUGACCGCAUGCUGGACAUGGGCUUUGAACCACAGAUCCGCAAAAUUGUGGAUCAGAUUCGGCCGGACAGACAGACCCUCAUGUGGAGUGCUACCUGGCCCAAAGAGGUUCGCCAGCUGGCAGAGGACUUCCUGAAAGACUAUGUCCAGAUUAACGUUGGAGCGCUGGAGCUCAGCGCCAACCACAACAUCCUGCAGAUAGUUGAUGUCUGUAUGGAGAAUGAGAAGGACCAGAAGUUGAUCCAACUGAUGGAGGAGAUCAUGGCUGAGAAAGAGAACAAGACCAUCAUAUUUGUGGAGACCAAGAAGAGAUGUGAUGACCUCACACGCAGGAUGAGACGUGAUGGGUGGCCAGCGAUGUGUAUUCAUGGCGACAAGAGCCAGCCAGAGAGAGACUGGGUGUUGACAGAGUUUCGUAGCGGCAAAGCUCCCAUCCUCAUCGCUACUGAUGUGGCCUCACGUGGUUUGGAUGUGGAGGAUGUCAAGUUUGUCAUCAAUUACGAUUAUCCCAACUCAUCGGAGGACUACAUCCAUCGCAUCGGCCGUACAGCCCGCAGCACCAACAAGGGCACAGCCUACACCUUCUUCACUCCAGGGAACCUCCGCCAGGCCCGAGAGCUGCUCCGGGUGCUGGAGGAGGCCCGACAGGCCAUCAACCCCAAACUACUGCAGAUGGUGGACACUGGACGUGGAGGAGGAGGUGGCCGUCUCCGUCUCCGUUGCACGUCAAAUUCUAACAAUCCCAACCUGAUGUACCAGGACGAGUGUGAGCGGAGAAUGCGUUCUGUAAGUGGCGGCGGCGGUGGCAGCUCCAAGGAAAGUCGCAGCAGCAGCAACUACAGUCGCGACAAUCGAGACAGUCGUGGUGGAAGCGGUCGGGACCGGGACCGCUCUUCUUCCUCCUCCUCCUCCUCAUACAGAGAUCGCAGCAGCAGGGACGGAGGACGCAGCUCCAGCUCCAACUCACAUGACCAGUACCAGAACAACACCAGCAGCUCCAGGAACGCCACUGGCUCAGGGGAGAGCCCCACGGCAUCAUCAGCUCCCCAGCCUCUGAUGGCCCAGCAGUUCAACCCCCCCCAGCCCAUGAUGGGCCUGAUGGGGCACUCGCCAUUCCAGUUUGCUCCUCCACCUCCCCCUCCUCCAUCAGGUAGAAAGUAAUGUGAUCUGAGCACCACAGUCACACACACACACACACAUUACAGUCAGAAAUGUCUAUAUUACAACAUUUAGAGAAUGAGCUUGUUUGGUUGCAUCCCGUCCGUUCACUGUGUUUAAAAUGACUUCUUAUCUUCAGUAUCAGUACAGUUGUAAAAACAGUCAGACCGGUGCCUGGAUUUUUUACUAAGUGAUCAACACAAUUUGUAAAUUUUGACCCUUUAAAGUCAAAGUAAUCAGGAUUAGUUUAUUUAGCUUGAAGCUUUUCUGUGUCACUUAACAAUUGUCUUAUACAAAUUAUGUUUUUGUAUUGUGAGCUGCUACAGAGUUCUUAUACUACCAGUUGGUAUCUUAUUUUUUCUUUAGGUUAAUCAGAGGUAGGUCAACUUUUGUAUUAAAGCUUAUUCUGUUUUUGUUUGAAUAUCUUUAUUUUUUGGAUGUGAAGCUUUUGUAAGCCACAAUCAUUUGAGUCUAAAAAGAAAAUGGGGGAUCCCAAAUAUAUCUUGAAAAAAGGUAAAAUGUUUUUUUCUUGAUGUGAUUUUUCCCAUUUGAACAUUUUCUUGACGUUUGUCUUAGUGAUUUCAGGACAUAGAUAUUAAUCUAGGCCUCAGAGCUGACUGUGCAGCCACAUGCAUGUAGAUGAGCUGCUCCUUCACAUUCUGUAAGGUUGCUUGCUAACAAACCUUAAUCAGUUAAUCACCAGUGUGGUCUUUUCCUGCAGUGAUAUUUGAGAUUUUCCUAGUGAAUAGUGAGUCCUUUUUACAGUUUGUUUUUCAUGUUUAAUAAAGUUCUUCAAUAUAAA